AAAUGCGUACUGCUCUGCUUGCAGUUUUCAAGAAACUCUGCGUUUCGUUUUGAUUUUUAGAACUUGUUUCACCAUAAAUAUUGGAAAAUAUUGUCAGAGUUUGUACAAUCUACGUCAUUGGAGUCUACGAUGGUAGCCAUGGACCUUCAGAACCUUGCUAAUCUGUUUGCGGCCACUUUGGAUCCGGCGAGCCGGUCGGCCGCUGAACAGCAGCUGGAGUCGAUGAAGAAGGUGAUUUCCUUCGGCCCGCUGAUUCUCCAGCACAUCAGGUCCCACGGGGACUUACCGAGCCGGCAGGCGGCGGCCAUCUAUCUAAAGAACUAUAUCUCUCACAAUUGGGAUGAUCCCACCGAGAUCCAGAUCGAGAGAGCCCGCGAGAAGGGCGAACCCGCACCGUUUUCCAUCCACGAGCAGGAUCGUGCUGUACUGCGCGAUGGCGUGCUCGAAGCUACCAUCGAGUGCGCUGAGGUCCUGCGUACGCAGAUGGCUGUCUCACUGGAGACCAUCUGUAAAUCUGAUUUCCCCGAUAAAUGGACGACUAUUGUCCAGCGAGUUAAUUUUUGUCUGCACUCGCCUCAGCAUGAACUAUGGUAUGGGGCAUUGAUAGCAUUGUACCAUUUGGUGCGCGCAUUCGAGUACAAAACCAACGAGGAGUGUAAAGCGAUCGAUGAAGCCAUGAAAUUCUUACAUCCUCUCCUCUUACAACGGGUCCGUGAGCUCAUUCCCGAUCUGUCGGAAGCGUCGUACUCCCUCAUCAAAGUAUGCCUGAAGAUCUUCUACUCCUACACCCAAAUUGACUUCCCCAAGGAUGUACUAACGUUCGAAGCGACAGAAAAAUGGAUUGAUACGAUCCGCCAUGUUAUCGACGCGCCUGUGCCACCGAAGGUGGAUGAGUUAGAAGAAGACGAGCGCAUGGAUACUAUCUGGUGGAAAUCGAAGAAAUGGGCAUUACAUAUAUGCACCAAGAUCUUCGAUCGCUACGGCACACCGGGAGAAGUGCGCAAAGAAUACAAUGGAUUCGCGAAAUUCUUCGUGGGUCGACUAGCCAAGGAUAUUCUGCAGUCGGUGUUCCAGCUGCUGGAUCGGAAGAUCCAGGGACAUUACGUGUCCAAUCGAUGUCUCCAGCUGGGAUUGACAUAUAUCCGUCAAGCGCUGAAGGUGCCAUCCUGUUGGAAACUCAUCAAACCCCAUGCUCACGAUCUUCUAUCCCGUAUUGUCUUUCCCUUGAUGUGUUUCACGGAACAGGACACCGAACUGUGGCAGGACGAUCCGGUGGACUGGAUCUUAUCGCGUACCGAUAUCCAUAUGGAAUAUAUGUCGGCCGAAUCCGCCGCCUCCUAUUUACUACAUACUAUGUGCAGGAAACACCCCAAUUUGCUAACGGAUAUCCUGAAUUUUACAUUUGCUGCCUUGGGCAGCGAUAAAUCAUCGCCCAAUGACAAAGAUGGCGCACUGCACUUUUUCGGUGUAAUGGGACGCACACUGAUGAAGCGAAAGCCUUAUAAAGACAGCGUGGAAUCGCUGCUGGUGAAUCAUGGUUUUCCGGAAAUGAAAAAUCCCCAUCCCUUUAUACGCUUCCGUGCGGUGUGGUUGUUCCGCCAGUUUUCUUACAUGGAGUAUCAUAAUAAGGAUAACUUAUAUGCCGGGUUGGACGGUGCAUUGCAACUGCUAAUGAAAGACACACAUUUACCGGUGCGGGUAGAGGCGGCAUUGUGCUUGAAUGAAGUGUUGGAUAAUCAGAAAGCCGCCGAAGAUUUCUUACGGCCCCAUGCGAUCAGUGUCCUCCAGGUGGCACUGGAUCUGGUCCGCCUGACCAACUACGAAGAACUGACCGAAGUGCUGCAGACGUUUGUUGUGGAAUUCCCGGAGCAGGUGGCGCCGUGUGCGACAGAACUUGCCACACACCUUCUGCUAACGUUUCAGAAUAUUGUCCAUAGAACAGAUCAGCAGAAUAACGACGACGAACGGAGUUCGGUCCUGACCGGUAUGUCAGUGUUGCAGACAUUGGAACUGCUGAAUGACUGCACGGUAGAAAAGCCAGAACUGAACGCUCAGUUAGCACCGAUCGUCGUAAAAGUCAUUCAGAUCAUAUUGGAGCAUAAUUUAUCGGAAUUCUACGAAGAAAUGUUUGGAUUAUUGACAUCACUUACAUCUAAACGGAUAUCGCCGACUUUAUGGGAAGGGUUCAACGUUUGCUCACAGAUAUUAUUCAAGGGCGAUGUUGGCGUGGAUUACUUCAGCGACAUGGUUCUCUGUUUGUACAAUUACGCCACAAAAGAUCCUGAAGGCUUCAUCGGUGGUCCCGAUCGAGUGAAGAACAUGUGCCACAUGUGUGAACACGUGCUGUUCAACGAGGAAGCCGGCGAAGAUACACAGUGCCAUGCGGCUAAACUGCUGGAGGUGAUUAUAUUGACGUACAAAGGACAGAUUAACCAGUUUCUACCGGCCAUUAUUGAGCUGGUCUUCAAGAAACUCUUCUCCUCGCAACAUCUGAUGGCGGAACUGAAGACGCAGUUACUGCUGGUGAUUAUUGCCGCGGUGUACUACGAUCCACCGUCGGUGCUGUCCUUCCUGCAGGCCGCCACCACACCGCAGGGUGAAUCGCUGAUCAGCAAAUUCUUGAGCAUGUGGCUGGCGGAAAUCGACUGUAUGUUCGGCAUCCACGACCGGAAGUUGGCGGUGUUAGGACUGACGCUGUUCAUGCAGUUGCCGGCGACGCUGCGGAUGCCGGCUAUUCAUGCGCUGGCGCCCAAUUUCCUUCCAGCAUCGCUUCAGCUUUUCCAGGGUCUGAAGCGGAUGUACACUCACGCGGAUACGGAUUCCGAAGAUGAGUGGACGGAUGACGAAGGCGAGGAAGAUGUCGUGCACACCGACGAUGAAGACGUUAAAGAGAAACCGAAGCGCCAGGACAAAAUGGAAGGCGAGGGGGGCGAUGAGCCCGAAGAGGAAGAGGACGACGAUGAGGACGAUUAUUAUUCGGAGGAUUACGGAUCCGAAACACUGAAGCAACUUACCACACCACUGGAUACCAAUGCCGUUGACGAGUUCGCCAUCUUCAAACAGACCGUACUCGGAGUGCAGCAGCAUGAUCCCGAAUGGUGGAAUGUGCUGGCGAUGAAAGCCAGCGAAACCGAUAAGAACUUACUGCAGGAGAUGUUAAAAUUUGCGGAUGAACGCCAUAAUCCACCACCCGAACAGCCUCAUGUUAAACAGCAGUAGACGCUGCAUAUUGCCCGCUGUUAUGCAGUUUGGUUUGAAUGAUAGAAGUAUAGUGAUUGAUAAAAUUUUUAUCUUUAAAUUGCGCGUUGGUAAACUGUUGAUCUGUUUGUCGCUGAGGAUGCGGAUGUUGGGGCCAUAAUGUGCGUGUGUGCAUUGUGUAUCGGAUCACGUAACCCGAAUUUAAUGCUAAAUUUUAAUCGUUUUCCCAUGAAGGGUAAAACUCGGCUGAAAAUUUUUCGUGAUUUGGUCCUCUUUUUAAAUCUGUUACAGUUGAACUGGAUUAAAUAUUUGUCAGAAUUG